AUGGCGCAAGUACGACCUCCAGCGCCGGGGCGCAGUACAUCGGCUCAUGGAUUCGAGAGCAAACUCAGUCAGCAGUUAUCUCAACCUCAAUCCGAUAUGGCUCAACCAGAACCGACACGCUCACCCAAGUCACGCUCUUUAUCCGAUGCGUCCAGGCCUACUUCCGUCCUCCAACCUUGUGCCGGCGAUCUCAGUCGCCCACCAAACAAGGACGAUAAUGCGAUCCCCUCCCUGCCUGCUACUCCUCGGCGAUCAAGUGUAUCUCACUCCACUUUGUCGUUAUCUAAACCCGCCGUGUCACCAUCACUUGCGAACUGCGCACCUCUCUCCCCUAAACUCGACCCAUCGCAUAUCUACGGAUCGCCAGGAUCCGUUCUCCCUCGACGAUCCCGGGGUCUUGAUUUCUCGCGCGCUUGUACAAACCUCCACCAUUCCACUCUCGCUGAGUCGUCCCCGGAUUCGUCGCCCACCGUCGGAGGGCGGGGCAUGCCGAUACCCCAGCGGCGCGGAUCACCGGGAACGACCUCCGUUCCACCUUUCUCAACCUCGGGUCCGGCGGACCGUAACGCCAUAUCCAGCUCCAUGUCGAGCGUAAAUAUGAUUGAGUCGGACACGAGUAGUAGUGAGGAAGAUGAGGCGAUGGGUGACCGCGACGAGAUGAUGAUCAAUACGCCGCAGCCGACGCGCAUCAAUGGGCCAAGUCCGUUUGCCAGCAACUUGCAGAGCCCGGGCAACGAGUGGAUGGGAGGGUAUUCACAAGCCGCCGCCAGCCUGAUGAGUUUCCAACGCGCGCGCUUUCGUAAAGGCCGCAGUCAUCACAGCUCCAGCAGCGGCAGCAGGAACAGUUCGAAGCCCAGUCCUGCCCCCCACUCUCCACCCAUCAUGAAAAGCGUCGAGCACUCUACAGGAGGCUAUUUUGCCCCGCGGCACGCUGCGCAUUCGCGGAGAGAGAGCCUUAGCUUCGGUACGCGCGACCUGCGUUUGUCCGAUCAGAGCGAUGAUAACGAGAGUCACGGAACUCGAAGCAGAAGCCCAAACCCGACACCGCACUCGGAGGGUGGCGGUCCACUAGGAGUAAUCCGUCGCGCGGUGACUCGGCGUGGAAGCUUACUUCCCAAAACCAAGACCUUUGCACGCAUUCGUGCCGCUCUUAUGGAAGAGGGUGCGCCGGUUGAUAGCGACAUGAAACGGGAGGCGGAAGUUGUCCGGCAGGUCCGCGACACUGAGCCAGAACCUACCCCCGCAGUAAGCGGGCUCCCAUCAUUGCAACCUUCCUCCUUUGACCUGGCAUCGACCGAGGAUCCCAUCGUCAAGACGGAAACGGACGCACCGCAUACGGACACUUUUGGUAUACAAGCUAGUCGCCAUUCUGGCGGCGUUGAAUUCUGGAACUCCUUCGAUGGACGAUAUCGCACCCCGCCCCCGGUCCGUCAGGGAGGGCCCUCGUCUGUGGCAGAUGACGAUGUAUGCAUGGAUAUGACUCCCUCCACGACCAUCGGCUCUGUCACUGCGAGUUCAUGCAAACCACGGUCCCGCUCUUCCACUCCUCAUGCCCCUGGAAUGCCAAGUAUUGGAGAGAUCUGUCGCAAGCGGCGUCGUGACGAUGACUUCGAUCCUAAUCUUUUCAAACGCCGGGCUGUUUCGCCUAGCGUGAGCGCUCAGAGCAGUCCAGUGAUGACCCACUCCCAUCAUGUCAAUGAUAUGGGCCCGAACAUCUGGGGGCCGCCGCCAAAGCCAGGUCUUGGUGCACCCUUCUCUGAGCGACUCAGUACUGAAUCUGGCAGUCGAGUGAACCCUCAUACUGGAGGUGUGAAACGUGUCGGUCUCCAGGGAAUGACCGAAGCCAGCGAUGGCUUUAUGAAUAUGAGCAUUGAUUGA